AUGGAGUCUUCACUGAGAAACCCUUUGCCUGCGUUGCUGUCGCCAUCCAGACAACUCUCCGCUUCUCAUCCUUUCACUACCCAUGGCUCCAGUACCGCCGGAAACCACAAACCCACUCCCACUCCCACUCAGAUCCCGCCCAACGCCGAUGGACCAUUUACAGACCCCAGAAACGGUGAUUAUGUUGCCUGGAACAGCAGCCGAGAACCACCGGUGCUCCAAACACAUCAUGACCGUAACGAUCGCGAAAACGCUUCAGGGGCGCCUCGAGAAAAACAUCACCGCCAUUUGGCCUUUGACCCUGCCAGCUUAGAUCCUACCAAAUUCAGGCCACGUCAUAAGCAUAAACAUAGCAAAUCCCGUGACGGGCGGUUCCCUCGAAUAAUGAACCCCAUCGCCUCCUCCGCUAGUACCAGGGGCUUGUUGCCCCCAUGGUCUGGUGGUCGCGAGAAGGAAAGCGAUCUCGACGAUGGACUCGCAUUACUUAGACCCGUGACAAGGGAGACAACUCGGUCGCGCUGGGGAUCUGAAUCUACUACGGGACUGGGUACUGGUAGCAGGAAAGGCAGUAUAUUCGAUGACAUUGACCGGAACAAUCACCUGGGUCUGAUCAGACGACAGGAGGUACGCUCGCUAGACGACUUGGAGCAAGUAAGAUAUAGAAGGAAACAGGGGGAGCGGUAG